AAGGAUUCAAUUGAAGCUUGGCCAGUAAUGAAGGCUAGAUAAUCCUGAAUUCCUCAUCCAUCAGGAAGCCUAGUCUUAGUAACUCAGUAAUGGAUACAACUUCUGUCUCUCACCUCAUCAAUCCAUUAUUCACUCAUUCCACCUCCAUAUUACUUCCUGAGACUAUAUGCAGAUUACUGCCUAUCGUGUCCUGCAAAACACGAUCAUUUCACCUUAAAAACUCAACCGUAAGAGCUUACACAAAUAAGAGGGAACAUAGUCCUUUCUCGAGGAAGAGUGUCCUCGGAAGAGCAUAUGUAGAUGAUGAGUUCAGAAGAUCUACACCUUCCGACAAUAAGUCCAUGAACAGGGAGAAAUUAACAGUGUUGUUUAAGCGCAUACAGACGGAAAUCUCUCAAGGGGAAUCUGGAACCGGUAAUUAUGUUGAGAGUUCACAGUCCUCAAAUGAUGAUGAUUCUUCUGUUGAAAUAUCUGUUCUGAAAUUCCUUCAGCAAUCAAACAGGGAUACGAAAGAUGACACUUCGAAACUGAAGCUUAGUGAAGACACCAUAAGCAAGACAAAUACCCGAAAACCUCCAUCGACCACCAACUUCACUCGUCCAGCUUCCAACUUUGUGAAGAGAUCACCUAUUGCAUCGUCAUUGCCAUUGCGAAUCAAUGAAACCGAGGUGAGUAAUAGAGAGGAGUCUAGCUCGGCAGCUGAUAAAGAGUUUUCGAAGAUCGAUAAAAAGAAGCUCAGUGAGCUUAAAGGCCUUGCCAAAGAGAGGGGACUUAGAGGCUAUUCCAAACUAAAAAAAAGUGAGCUUGUACAACUAUUGAAGUCCCAGGUAAAGUAAUAACUAAGUGUCUAAAAUUGUCACCCAUUGCUUAUGUUCUAGACAUUUUAAGUUCUUGUAAGCCCCAAAGGCCAAAACAGAGGUUAAUCCUAUAUGGACGCAGACCGAAGUUCAUUGGUCAAGUUUUCUUUAAUAUUGUUCAUUAAUGUAAAUAGAGAUGGACAUGGGUCCAGUGUCUCUUUGUACAAUACUGUUCAAUCUGUAUAUCACUCUGAUAAUGAAAUCUGCAAUUACCCUUUUGUUUGGCAA